GUUUAACAAAAUAAUUAAACAGCUUGUGUUUUAUGAAUGCAAUCUAUAGCAAACAAACGUCUUAAUGGAUGAGAAGGAAAUUUGGUAACAUUAGACGGCCGCUAAGUUUGUUUCGUUUUUGGAUGGCUUGUAAAUGCCGUGUUUAUACCACGCUGAAACAUUUCAAUUGGAUUUACUCAUUACAUGAAGAAGUGAGAGUUUGGAGUCUACUUUUAGACAUCUCAAAGGGAAUAUUAUUGGACAUGUAUAUAAAUAAAUGAAUAAAAAGACAUACCAUUUUUCACGUUUCAUUGUGGAAAAUAAUCAGUCGCGAUCGAAGCGUAGGAAAAUCGAUUCGUAUUCACGGUAUUGAAUGACGUGCGAAUAGUUUAUUGAAAAAUAGAUUUUAUAUACUAAUAUAGGAAAUGAAAGGGUGUUCUCUCUAGCGAUAAAAUUUUCACUUUCAAAAAAAAAAAUCAACUUAAACGUUGGAUGUACUGCAUGAUUGAUGUAUGUUUAAACUGCGGUUUAAUAAAACUGCGGUUUAAUACCUGAUAUGUAUCUGUGACAACGCUCAUCUGAAGCGGAUUAAUCAUAUCUUAAGUGCAUAUAAAAUAGGAUAUUUGUUAACGAAUUGGAUUAAAGUGCUUUAAUGAUAAAAUAUGGCAACGAAAGACACCAGUCCAUCGCGCAAUCCUAGAACUCUUUCUCUGCAGUGGUCAGACAGGUCACUGAGUCUCGUUGAUUUGUUAAAAGAAUUUACACUUCCGGUCAUAGUUAAAAUGAACGCAGACGACAAGAGCAAAAAGAAGAAAGACGCCAGCAGCAUGCUGCAGCAACCGUUGUUAUUGUACAAAGAGGUGAAAGGGUUCAAGGUUAUUGCUCGGAACAUUUCUAGUCUCGUGGCUGUCAAAACUUCCAAAGAUGGUGUCCAGUUCAAAGAGGGCGGGUCAGUGGUUGCCAUCCCAGUUGACUAUCCAGGUUGGUUUCGAUUACUGGAAGAAGACACGGUUCCGAUCCUCAGUGUCGCAAAUCUUGCACGAAUCAUGCCUGCUUCCUUCCUGUCUGCCAAAAGAGUGACUGGUUUCACGCUUUUAGAUCCGUUUAAUAAGAAGGAAAUAAUGUACGAAAAACUAGAGUACCCGCCUGGAGUCUUUUACGUGCACAGCGUCUUUGAGGAUUAUGUGAAAUAUGUUGCUGAGAAAAAUGCUGUUAAAAGGAAGCUGUUACGUUGUUUAGUUUGUGUCACGGAAGAUGGAAUAGAUGUGUUAGUGCCGUUUGACGUCACAGGGGAAUUCUAUAUUGUGGAAUACAAGAAAGCCGUGUCCAAAAGUGUCAAGGCUGACAAGAACGCAUGUGCAUACACUUUAAAACAACUUGUCGCAGUUGGUGCAUUUACAAAACCGCUAGUAUUGAAACUUUUAAAGGGAGAACCACCAAAUAAACCAUGCGGAUUUUCUGGAGUUGUGAAAGUCUUUGAUAUUGUUAAAGAUUGGACAAUCGUGGCAGAAACGCUUGAUGGCAACCGGAAGCUCUUAGAACUUCCAGUUUUGCCGUUCCCAGAAUUCACUCCGUCCACAAAUGGAAAUGAUCUCUUAGAAACUGGCUCCCUUCGUCCAGAGCUAAUGCAUAUAAGUGGCGGGGCAGCAGACAAAUAUGUUAAAGAAAUAAAAGUGAAAACUAGUUUCAGCCUUCAGCCACAGCAUAAAACUGAUGAACAUGUUAAAUUACCGCCAGUUAAAUUCGGAAAGUCAGUAACAGUUCCAAAGAAAGACAGAGAAGAAAGGAAGACAAAAGAAGAAUUUGAGGACAAAGAAGAACACUUUUUCUUCGGCCAACAUUUACUAGAUCAAAAUAACAGUGACUCCACAAAUUUAUAGUCAGAACUAAACGAAUAUGGUAAAAAAUGUUUAUAUAUCAGUGCUAAACGAGAGAUCAUUUCUCAUGCAGAACCUUACUGACUGCUAGUAGAUUCUAAUAGAAUAUAAAAACUUAUAUCACAAUUUCUUGACUGUCGACCCCUAUUUUUGUCUGUCAUUGUUGAAUGGCUAGGUUAAUGUGUUUUACUUUUUAUUUGCAAUGAAACAUUCGUGUUCCAGGAUUCUUCUCCUUUACUGACAUGAUCUCCGUAAGUAAUUGAUAACUUCCCAACAUGAAUUCAGUGGCGAAGCACAAAUAACUUCAGACAGAUCUGUCGUAUCAUUACAGAGAAAAGUCGCCAAACGCAGGUGUCAUUCAUCCCUGAGAUUAAACAAGUGCUCCAAGCGCAUUGUACAAUGUUUUCUAUAGCUCAGUAGUUUUCAAUGUCAUCCUAAAGCAGUUCGGUACAAUGAUUUAACAUAAAACGGCACAAAAUGUUGCGCAAUAAAAUUAUAAAUAAGCUAUAGAUAAUUUAGGUUGUCGAAAGUUUGAAUUUCAUUGUGUAUUUCUAGAUUGUUGAUUUGUUAAUUGUAUAGAUGGUGUAUUUAAUUUCGCUUAUUUAUUUUGAUUAAAAAUAAAAGGAACAACUGCUGAUUAAAACACUCAAGAUAAAAUUAUAAUAAAGUGCGACCUUUUGAUAAGUCGGCAUAUAUUUAAGUUUAGACUCCAAUCAAGGAAGAGAUUAAAAGUUUGUUGAUGAGCAGUUUAAACCAGAUGACUGUGGUGUAAACAAGUUCUAAAAAUAUAAAAGUAAACACUU